AAUGACUGUCUCCUCCUUCAACACCGUGACCCUCAGUCCGGAGCCAGUCAUCUCAUUCAACGUCCGCCGCCCCUCAGAGACUCUCAGUGCUCUCCAGGCAUCCACCCGCUUCCUCGUCCACCUCCUCGCACCGGGCCCGGUCACCGCCGCCCUAGCUCGGGAUUUUUCCAAGGGAAACCAUAACCUCAAGAUCCUCAGCGGUGAGGGCGACUAUGAGUUCGCGGCCCAUGCAACCGACCCGGCGAGCAAGCCGCUUCCGUUGCUGCGCAGGAAGACCCCUCUCGCCGCGGAUGGAGAAGUGAACCAAACGGACGACUUCCCUUUCGUCUUUGAGUGCCAGCUUCAUCCCAAGAGCGUCGAUGUCUACGACCACACUAUUGUCGUUGGGACUGUCGUCCGUGCGCUAUCAUCACAUCUGGCGCACCCGGAUCCGCACGCGGGGACUACCUCCGCGGAAGAGCUAUGUCUGACAUAUGCCAAUACGCGGUUUUGGGAGAUGGGACAUGAAAUCUAAUCUCCAAUGCCUCACUCCUCUUUGGAUUACGGAGCAAUCCGAGCCAACUACUACCCCACUUCAUACGGCCUACCCACCCGACACGGCCAAUCUUACCCACCUCCAUCCUACCGGGUUUGUUCCUCGUUCAUACGGAGACAAACAAGUCUAUGACCCUCGAUGGACGGAUGUCCAU